GUUUGUAAUAGCAUGUCCAACAUCGGCACCGAUAUCGAUGAAGCAUCCUAGACUUCCAUGCGGUGAGCAAGCAUAGGCAUGUCAGGCCUUCUCAAACCUCUACCGGCCCUAUAUGUUGUUUAUGUCUUGCGCUCAACGGUGAGGCCUGCAUCGAUAUACAUUGGAUCCACGCCAAAUCCGCCCAGGCGAUUGAAGCAGCACAAUGGCGAGGCCAAAGGUGGCGCGGUGCGAACGUCACGCGAUAGUCUUCGUCCCUGGGAGAUGAUUAUGUUGGUCUCUGGGUUCCCAAGCUCGACGGCAGCCCUCAAGUUUGAAUGGGCUCUAAACAAUCCUCACCUUACUCUUCAUAUCCCAAACGAAGAGCGCAUUACGGUGGCCACGCAGCGGAAACGGAAUGGCAUGCCGAGACGAGCGCCACACAGCCUCAAGUCUAUCAUACCUAAUCUUCACCUUCUUACGAGUGUUUCAAGUUUUUCAAAGUGGCCAUUGAACCUGCAUUUCUUUAACCAGUCCGCCCACAAAGCCUGGAAGGGUUGGGGCGAAACAAGCAAGACUCCCGUUGCGUCGAGUCUGAAGAUUUUGACCGAUUUUGGUCCGCCUGCAGAGGACUCAUCGACGACAUCUUGGGGGAUUCACUCCCUGGCGUUGGAUUACUCUCCGAUGAAGGAGUAUAUCGAGAAGGCACACAACGUGGUAUCGUUUGAGAGGCAAGGCAACUGCAUUCACUGCAGUAAAGAAAUGCAACCUGACCAAGGUUUAUACGCAAUGUGCCCCAACGACGGCUGCGAGGCAAUGGGACACGUCGACUGCUGGAGCAAGCACGCCCUGGGUGAUGAUGAGCCCGGGGCCAUUAUUCCCACCAGCUGCAAAUGCCCGGCAUGCAGCGGUGAGAUACGAUGGGGAGACAUGAUGAAGGAGCUGAGUCUGCGGACGCGUGGAGCAAAAGAGGUGGAGAAGCUGCUGAAGAAGAAGAGGCGGGCGAAGAAGGACUCGUGAUGGUGAGUGGGCGCCAAUUGGAGGGGUUUUCCGGGGCUUCUUGGGAUUCGGCGCAUGUGGAGGAAAGUAUAAGCACCCACUGAUGGAUGUUUGGAUUCUUUGCUGUUAGUGAUUAAGAUUUACUAGAUUCGUCGGGUGAGGCUCUGUAGUGCAGAUAGAGUUGUGCAUAUCCUGCGCGUGAUUCAUUGGCUACAGACGGCUAGACUAUAUUCCAUUUAUAUCCAUAC